UUGACGAAGGUGCCGCGAGCAGGUGCCGCCAAAGGCCAAGAAUGCGCGAGAGGAAGCGAAGAUUCAAAAGUGGAGGGAGAGCGCGGGGAUUAUGGCAGGCUCUGUCCGUGGGUUGAAAAGGAGCCGGGGCCGUAACGAGGCAGAAGGUGUCGCACGAUUUCCUCGCUCUCGAUCGCACGCACAUUCGAUCUGCUGUGCGUGAUUCGUCCGACAGGUGCUCGCUCGCUCGCUCGCCCACAAACCUGCGGCCGCCUUACGACGACGACGACUUACUGAAGAAAGAUUUGAUCAGAUGUGGAGCGAGAGGCGGCAUUCAGGCUGGGCUUGGAAAAUCAGCUUGUUGAGGGAGACGCGACUCCGUGCUGAAAGCAGCGCGACGCUUGGCGAAAAGUAGCAUCAAAGGAGGCGUCCAUUCUGCGCUUCUAGCUUCCGCUGAGCUUGUCGGCUCAUGGAACCUUUGGCCGUUGUAUGCUGAUCGGAAUUCUUUCCAACUUGGACGUGUCCUUAUGGAUGGACACGCCCACCGGCCGGGUCAUGUCGUUGUUGUCUGAGACGAGUGUUUGACGAUGUCCUGCCCUCGAGACCGCUUGUCCUCACGAAAAUCUCUGCUGUCUCUUUAUGGGUCCAUGACUUUGAACUUGUGCUCUGAAUCUCGGUGGCAUUCUUGCGUUUUAAAUUCGUGGUUUCUCUGAGCAGAAGAGCAGCAAAACAGGGACCUCCGAGUCGCUUUCCGCCUUAAAUGUUUAAUUUGAAUUGGAAUCUUUGGAGAUUCUCAUCAGCUUAGUGUGCCUAGAGACCAGCGAUGCUCCCUGUUUGGCGAUUUCAAGACAUUUCUUCCUCUUGAAAUGCUAUGCGCAAUAGAAAUCUCCCGCCCGUCGGACGACAGAGUGAUUCCUUUUCUUGCGAUUUUCAAAGGCGGAUUCUUCCGCUGUGAGAAGUAUACCUGUUUCGGCUGAGCUUUCUUCGGUCCUUGCGAUGUUAUAGUUGGCAGGGUUCUUGGAAGAGAAUCUGAAUUCCAGGACAUUCACAGUCCAUAAGUAGGCCGUGAGCCGAUUUCAAAAACAUUUGAGAUUAUAAGGUCGCCUUUUCCGAGGGGACCAUGGACUACGCCACAGAAGGUAUGGAAGUGCUACCAGACGCCAUUCAAGGACACAUUUUGGGGUUUGUGAGAAGCGCGAGAGAUGUCGCAUCAUGUUCCUGUGUUUCGAAGAAAUGGAGAGAGGCGAUGACGCAGGUUCGGAGUCUCUAUUUUGCUCGGAACGUCGGUGACGAGCAGGGCAUAUUGCCGGAUUUGAUCGUUACUCGAAUGGUGUUGAGUAUGACUGGUCUGCAGGAGCUGAUUGUGUACUGCCCUUUUUCGAAUGUGAGUCUGCUCGCUUGGCUGAAGCAUACCAAAGGAACAUUGAAGAUUCUCGAGCUUCGCGUUGAUGAUUUGGGUGAAAAAAGGAUGGGAAACAGUAGCAUGAGUAAAUUGGACUGUGUUGCCUUAUCUACACAGUUACACACUCUGCGGCUGUGGGGAGUACUCUUAACCCAUGCUCCAGCGGAGUGGCGGUGCUUCCAUAAUCUUCAUACACUAGAAAUAGUUGGAGCACGAUUACGUGAUUCGGCACUGUGUGGUAUACUUCAUGCCUGCCCCUACUUGACAAACUUCACCUUGCUCGGAUGCGAAGGGAUAAGAGUCGCCUGCAUAGAGCUAGAGCGGUUGACGAAUUGUAGAUUGGACUUGUACGGAGCAGGUGAUUGUAUUAUAUCAAUAAUUGCUCCCAAGCUCCAGACUUUCGAAGUUCAAGGAGCAUCAUGGCUACGUAUAAAGGGCAAUCACCGUCUGAAUCACCUUUGCGUUGCAAACAACUCAGGCAAAGUGAAGAAAUUGGACGUGGGAAGGCUCCCAGAGUUGCAGUCACUCUCGCUCCGAGGAGUUCAUUGGCACUGGGAAGCUAUUCAUACUGUGCUACAGUCUGCAACUGAGCUCAGGGAGCUGUCUAUGAGAGUAGAAUUUUGCGGCGAUGCUGAUAAGUUGGAGCCCUUUCCGGAGAUAGACUUUGUAGACUUCUUCAAAAGUCACCCUAAACUUCGGAGUUUCGAAGCUCAAGGAGCAAUGUUCGCUGCGGUCGCCAAUAGGAACAGUCUCAAGCAGUUAUCACCUGCAUGUGUAAUUCCAUGUUUGGAGGAGGCAUGGGUGACGAUAAGGUCGCCGCUCAAUGCAGAUUACAAACUUGCAUCCUUAGAGGCCCUGGUGAGAUGCAGUCCACGACUACGGCGCCUGCAUAUUAGACUGUCACAAAUGAAGAACUGUGAACCUGUGGCGGAUGAGUUCUUUUUCAGAGUUCUGGGGCUAAAGUUUAGGUAUGAGUUCAUUAAGAUCGAGUAGAAUGGUUCCUCAGCAAGGAUAUUCGAAGUGUACAAGAGACCCUCUAACCUGGUGUUCCAGUUAUGACUUGUGUCAAGGCUCAAUACUAGCCAUCAGGAAUUCCAGCAGCGUGAUGUCACUCUGCGAAUCACCAACAGAAUCUUUAGUUUUGCGCAUGGAUGAGCUAUUUUGGGUUCUCACGUCACUCUAUAGCAUGCUGAAAUACCAUGUAAAACGGCAGUGGUAUGACUGUACAUACAAUUCUUUCAGCAAUUAAAGCGAGACCAUGAUUUUGUCGCUCC